UUAUUGCCUUGAACCACAUUUUAGAUAGUUAAAAAGGACACUUGUCGCCCUCAUGGUUGCAUGGAAACAACUAUCGCAGAAAGCAUCUAGGUGAAGGUGUUUAGCUCGUCAGACCUUUCUAAAAAUAGUGUUUGCUAACAGCGUUAUCUAACUGGUCUCAAUGAUCACAUGAUCGGAACAUGCUCAGUCCUUGCUCAACCUUUUCAAAUAGUCGCACUUUACAAAGUCCGGCGGCUGAGACGAUUGUUCGUGUACACUGGGACGACUACUACUGGCUCCUACAACACCUACAGCUAUCUUACCUGGAAGCAAUAGCUCCUGUCUGUUCCACAAUUUGAAGGGGCAAUUCUUGAAUCGCAAUGCUUCAUUGGGAGGACGUGCUGAAGAAGCUUCUACGCCGUGGGAAGGUGUAUGCCGCGGCCGUGCUGGACCACGAUGGGCGACCCCUCCUCACCAUGCCCGAACUGGUCAUCAAGCCCGAAGAGGGUGAAGGCCUCGUUAGAGCAGUCACCUGCAACUACCGCUUCGCCUUCAAGCUUCUCUUCAACGGCACCCUCUUCACGUGCUUCCACAAGGACAAGAACAUCAUCGUGGGCCUCGCCGAUGAGACGGUGUUGGUGGGGAAAGAGGUGAACGGUGCCUUCAUCGUCGGUCUGGCCCUGUCCGACUCUCCUGGGUCAUGCAUCUUUGAGGUCACAGAGGUCGCAAAGACUGUACGGAAGAGGGUGUUCAAGGCAGCUGCCCACGUGGCUUCUGCCACAGCGCCGGCCCCCGGGAUGAACUCGAAGGCGCAUGACUGAGAUCCUGCUUUUGGAACUGUGUGUCGGAAUAUUGCAAAUCAUCAAUGUGAUAUGCAGACAUUUUUCAGGGUAAAGUUUUGACCUUAUGUGGUGCUAUAUCUGGUAUUUUACGUUGCCAUGACAGCGAGACGGUGUUACUAGUCGACACUCCAUAGCUUAUUAGUUGAUGUACUGUUUUGCUUACCAUAUACAGGAACAAAGUGUGCUGAAAGGAAAUAAAUUAGGAAAUGCAAGCUUGAUCGACCGCGUGUUACGUCAAGCAGCUAUAACGAUUCUUUUAACGGCAACAUGAUUGUUUAAAGUCAUAUACAUGUAAUUUGAAAAAAAAAAUCGACAGAUCUUCGGUAGUAAAUGACACGUAAAUUAGAAAAGAAAAAAGAAACCCAACGUUGUUUCAGGGUUCAAACUUUUUCCUCUUCGUAUCUAAGGCGGUACAUAAGACACCAUUUAGAUACCUCCAUUUUUGUAUAUUACCAGCAAGUUUAGCCAUGCUGUUGUAGGAUAGUUUCUGGUCUUUAAUUCUGUUCUACCACUGCCACUACCACUACCACUACUACUAAGUAUUAUUUCAAGUUUUUCCCAUAAACGAGCAAGCGUUCCAAAUGGCUAUUUGUGUCUGAUGAGUAUGUUGCACCUUUAAUUGAUAACGGCAUUGAGUCCUGCUAUCUAGAUAAAUACAUGUCAAGGACUUGGAGUGUGCUGCACAUGGUAAAAUAUCAGUCAAGUGGUGUAUGAAAUGAAAAAGUUGGGUAUGAGGCAACCCAUGCCACACAACGCAGGUCGAGUAUCUUGUUUUAAAUCCAGAUCUGAGGCAAUGUCUCAUGUUGGUCUUGCCAAUGUGUACAAUAUCAGCAUGACAGAACUCUAAAGGUUAAUUUUCAAAAUGUAAACUAACAUUUAAUCUUCGAGUUUUACAUAUAAAGUAAUGUAAACACUGGUGAUAAAUUCUAGUGUUGGAGUACACAAGUGUUCGUGAAGUAAGGCAGAAGAGAGAAAGAGAAUGUGUAUGAAGGAGUGGGAGAGAGAGGAAGGUAGGUGUGUGUGUGUAUUCCUUCUCUUUGCAUCGGGAUCAAACACCAAAAUUUGAACAAGGAGAGUGUCACUUUUGGCAAGUGAUAUUUCACCAGGGUAAUCAUUUGAACACCGGAUGCCGCUAUUUUCUAUUUUUUUUUAAAAUCUAGUUUUUAUUUUUUAAAACUGUUGGGUGAUGUUCUGAAAAUAAAGCUUAUUCUAUGAAGGCAAAAGUGUCGAUCAU